AUGCCCCUCUACCGCCCCUCCAACCCAGACGCUCCCGUCCUCUCCCACUUCUCCCUGCACGGCAAAGUCGCCGCCGUCACGGGCGGCGCCCGCGGCAUCGGCCUCGAAAUCGCGCGCGGCCUCGCCGAAGCCGGCGCCUCCGUCGCCAUCAUCUACAGCAGCAGCCACCACGCCCACGACACCGCGUCCCAAAUCGCCGCCUCUACGGGCGCCAAAGUCGCCGCUUACCAAGGCGACGUGCGCCAGCGCGCCGCCAUUGCCGAGACGAUUCGCCAGAUUGUCGCCGAUUUUGGCCGUCUCGACGUCGUCGUCGCCAACGCGGGCGUCUGCGCCGACAUUCCCAGCUUGGAGUACACCGAGGAGACGUGGCAGGCAAACAGCAGCGUCAACUACGACGGCGUCAUGUGGACGGCGCAGGCGGCCGGCAAGGUCUUCAAAGAGCAGGGUCGGGGCAACCUGAUCAUCACGGCGUCGGUCAGCGCGACGCUGGUCAAUGUCCCGCAGCGUCAGGCGGCGUACAAUGCCUCCAAGGCGGCGGUGGUGCAGCUGGCCAAGGUGCUGGCCGUGGAAUGGGUCGAUUUUGCGAGGGUCAAUUGCGUGUCACCCGGCUUUGUCGAAACUGAUAUGCUGUAUGACCAGCCCAAGGAGCGCAUGGAGCAGUGGCUCUCUCUGAUCCCCGGCGGCCGCAUGGCAGCUCCCUCGGAGCUGAAAGGAAUCUACGUGUUCCUCGCGAGUGAUGCUUGCUGCUACAUGACUGGUGCCAAUUUGGUAAUGGACGGCGGAUACACGUUGGUAUGA